GCUGAACACGGCAGUGACAUCACAGAUUGGGCGUCAGGACGAACUAUUCUCUCUCCUCCCAGGGUGCAAUGUACUACUGCAAAAAAACAGGGUGCAAAAACUAUUGAAAUGAGCAAAAUAAAGUGACUGGUUUCUGGGCAGAUAACACUCGGAAGUACAGUAUGUUACCUUUAGUUUAAGGUGAGAACAUGUAUGUGCUGUUGGGAGGCUGUGGAGCUGGUUUAAGGCGUGAGGAACACAGUCUAUAGUGAAAAUAUGGUAAUGAUCAAGUGCACUGUAGUCUUACAAAUUCAGCCCAGUUGCCUUUGAGUUACUACAAGAUAGAAAAUGACCUAGAUGCUACAUGGACGUGACAGUAUGUAUGCAAUAAAAUGACAUUUGAACAUGUUUCAGGCGUGUCGAUGAUAGUAAUUACAGGAAUGUGAUCACAUUUGAGAUUACUCAGAUUAAUUCAGUGUCUGAUCUGGAACAUUUUCUCCUCUCAUGAGGCUGUCAAAGAAAGAAAAGUCAAAUCUAAAGGUUAAUUUUCAGUGUUUAGUGGUGGAUAGGAUUGGUUAAAAAAUGUGUCCAAGCUGUCCCUUUAAGAGGAUGAGCUGACACUGUCCUUUGCCUAUUUUAAGAAAACAUUUUGCCUGAAUACACACACAUUUACAACAUUAACUAAAUUACAGCUCAUAACAACUGCAAAUUGCUCCUUGAAGCCAUGCCCACCCUGCAUAAUGACUCAUGUUGUGUAUUUUAGUGUGAUAUGUGUCUAACAUGCAAACACUACUUUAAACAUGGGCCUGAAAAUCAUUUAAAGUCACAAAAAAAUUGCAAUGCAUACAUCCUGCUUCAGUUUCCACAAUGACAAAACAUAAAAAAUGAGUGUAUGAUCUAUUUAUUCAAACAUCUCAGAAGCACAGACAGGUGAUUACCAAGUAAAAGAGACUUAAUCACAAACCAUACUGCAAUAAUACAUGAGACAUGCAAAUAUUUAAGAGCUGGAAAGAAGAAGUCAAGUUUUAAAUAAAAUAAGUAGGCUACAGUACCACCAGUCCUUGAAUAGCAAGUGUAUCAAAGCGACAAGAUACCUGAUCUGAUUCACAAUGAUUCAGGGAACAAUCCGUCAGAAUAAAAGGCUGAACAAAAGAAGGAAGACAGACAGAGAGGAAGGACAUCUAGCAGUUUGCCUGGCUGCCUCAGAAAUAGCCAUACACCGUUCUCAUGUGCCCCAUAUGCUAUUAUAAUACAGUAUGAUGAAAAAUGCCUGCAAGGUAAUAAAAAAAAUUAAAUAAAGAGUGCUUGUUUGACUUACAGGGUGAAACUGGCAGCCUAAUAUACCCUAUAAAAGGAUAUUAAAUUGUCCUGUAGGUGUAGCUACAAAAUAUCCAUACGUGUACAGCACAUCAGUUCAUAAUGAACAAAAGAACAAUUGUCAAAAAUAGUUUUUUCGCCGAGCAGAUAGAGAGAGAGAGAGACAGCUGUCCAGCAGAAGAGAGAGGCCAAUCCUCUGUGUGGAAUAUUCCAGUCUGUCAGCGGCGAGCAAAGCUUGAAUGGUUGCAACCCACCGGGGAGCUUUUCUCUUUUUCUUUUUUUUUUUAUUAUUGCCAAAUGCCUAUAAAUAACCUCACUGACGGAUUACAUUAGAUAGAUUGAACGCAAGAAAUGUUUCACCUCUGUUGCACACAUAGAACCUUCUUCACAGUUGCACAGAGAGGAGGAGGAGGAGGAGGUGGUGGGUGGGGGUGGGUUGGUUGGUCGGUUGCAGCAGGGUUGCAAGAGAGAGGAAUGUGUUUACAGGCACAUGAUCUGCAAAUGGAGGAUCGUGCGCACUUGGAAAAACCGGAUCUAGGAGUGGAUAACAAGAAAAGCAGGCCUCUGACACGCCACACUGGCCUUAAACGCACGCAAAUAUAGACCCUCCUCUGUCUACUUUUAACUCCCUCCACCGAACAAAACAUAUAAUCGCGUUUCAUUUAUUUUAUCUGAUCUAAAGAAUUCAAAAAAAUAGAUACUAAUUGUGAUCCCGACAGUCUUUUGUUAGGAGAAAGAGAACAGCCGCGGAAGCCGCAUUGCACCCCGCGGUGUUAUUUUCACCCAGAUACAGAACAACAGGGCUUAAUGCGGAGGAUUCCUGAUGACCUUAUAUGGCAGUGUGGGGGGUACAAGCAGCACAGCGACACGUUGGAGCUGUCAUGGCAACCGUCCAAAGGCUCUCGGAUUACCGCCGUUGCCAAGGGCGAGUCAGCCCCAGCAACUGACUUGUACACGCAAACUUAGUAACGUUUCCGUCUUUUACGGGGCUUAUUUUCCUUUCAUAAUUAUUGGUACACAUAUUCCGAGUAAAAUCACCUCCCCCCGUGUGUCCGUCGGUGUAUAAAUACUUCCUGUUGAAUCAUCGAGAAACGUCCACGGAAAGAAAAAAAAAAAAAAACCUCCCUCGAGCGAGCGAGCGAGCCUCACCCAGUUAUGGCGCAGCAAGAUUUCACAGCACAGUGCUCUCCUUUGUCUGUAAAGAAGCCAUUUUGAGACAGGAGAACAGCAGAGAAACCAUUGAACAAGUGACAAGUGUAGCCUACAUAUCACCAAAAGGGUCUUUUUUUUGUUUUUGGGACUGAAAUAAGCUACAAGAUUUCUCCCCAUAAGAUUACUUUGCUUUCGUUUAAGACUUUGGAUUACAUGUUUUGAAUGCCAACUGUAAGUUUGCAAUAUCAAUCAAAUAAAAUAAAAAUAAAAUAGCCAGUUACAGUUUACAAAAGUCUGAUAACGUUUUAAACCACGGUUAUUGUUCAUAUUGUCUGUCCUCUAUUCUGCAAAUACUUACACGUAGAAAUAUAAAUAUAGAAGAUAAAGUGAAAUAGCUCAAAAAAAUCCAUUACCUUUUUCAAAAACAACAUUUCCUUGUUUUUUUUUUAUGUGAUGUAGCUCAGUUAGAAAAUGUCGAAAUGGAAGAGGUUAUACUUGACUGCAAUCCUGUCUUCAAGCAGAGAGAGAGAGAGGAGAUGGUUUGCAUAUUGCCCACACAGAUGAUGCUUGAAGAUGCAUAUGCGCUGGCUGAGAGGCAAUGCCUUACCACUGAUCAAAAAAAGUUUUCAAAAGAGCUCUUAUCUGUCGUGCUAAUGGAUUCCUUCCUUUUCAGGAGACGAUUUCCCACCCCUUAUUAAUGCCAUUAUUAGAGGAUCCGAAGAUGGAGCUGAAAAUAUUCCUCCUGCCCCUGCGUUUAGGCCUGUUAACUGCAUUUCACCAAAGUGCUGAGGUAAAUAUUUUCACCAUCAAGAGUUUUCCCUCCAUCUGUUUCCUCUUAAGUAUGAAAGUCUAGUUUUUUAACCGUUUUGAAACUGUAAAAAAAAAAAAAAAAGAAAGAAAGAAAGAUAAAGACUACCUGACUGGGCUUCUGUAGAAAUUUAAAUAUGCCCUUGAAGCAAGGUCAAGCCGACAGUUUACACUUUGGACGGCGUUUGGUUCUUUUUAAAUGGACAGCACAAACCUAAUGCGUGCUUGAAAGUUGUCUCCACAGUUGUAGGUAGGGUACAACACAAGCCAUCAGGGUGUUUAGCGUUGCUGUUGUGAGGAGGAGAGUGUUUAAAGUCAUUAAUCAGAGCAAAUGGGUUAUCAAUCAACAGUCAAAAUUACAGGCAGCACAUUAACUAUUUUGCAAAAAAAAAGAAAGGGAAAAAAAAGGCCAUUAGUUUCCCAUGGCCUGCUUUUUUUUGUCACUUGAGGAGCAGUGGUAUAUAACCUGUACUGUAGGCUGUAUAGCCUAUUUAUAUGUCAGCAUGCCAGUGAACAUAUAGAAUUAAAGUUGGCUAGUACAGAAAAUGUCUAUGUGAUAAAAAAUAAUGAUCAAUAGAUAAAACUGACAGAAAAACACUUUUAAUAACAGUAACUGCAUGCCUCACAUUUUUUUUACAUUUACUGAAUUACCAAAACUGUUAAAUUAUUAUAAAAGAGUUUAACUUACUCAUUGCUACUCAUAUCCUACAAGGCCAUAAAGUGCAAUGCCAACAAUCAGCCAUCACACUGACACUUUAACUGGGUUGUUUUUCUCUCCCUCUCUAAUUCAACAUCUCCAUACAGCUGUUUAUUCACAACAUUUUGGUUUUCUUUUCACUUAAGAAAUAUAAAUACUAUUAUAUGGGUGUGCCAUGACCUAGUUAAGACAAAGAUGGAUUCCAGGCAGAGGAAAAAAGGCUCAAAAUGCCAACAGAGUAUUACAUCCAGCACAUUCUCUUCCUUCUUCUCAAUCCUUUAAAAGGAGGAAUCAUAGUUUUAUCAUAGUCCGUGAGAGAUGAGGAAAUCAAGUGUAAGAUCCCUUUUGGAACAAAGGAAACCCAUAUAGGCCAUUGAGUCCUGUUUUUAAGGAAAAUGGCUGCCGAGAGCUCUCGGCCCCCUCUCUCUGCUCUCUGUUGAAGGACUCCUGAGCCGUGCUUCUAAUAGCAGACAGCUCCUGCUGCUGCUGCGCUCUGAUUGGCUCGCCGAGCUGCUGCUGUUAACCAGCCAAUUGCCCGAUCACUGCAAAAAAAAAAAAAAAACAACACACACACACACACCAGGGCAAUGUCAAACAAAAAUCCAGUUUGUUCGACGAGAUACACUUUACCGAAAACAAAAACAAAAAAAAGUGUGUAAAAGUAUUUAAAAAAAAAAAAAAAAAAAAAAAAAAAAGCUCCGGUUGUUUCAGUUGUUGUGAAGGAGCGAGUAUCCACGCACGCGGCACUAGUUUGUCUGGAUUAACCGACAAGAAGAGAACGACACCGGAACAAACCGCCGCAUUCCAACGGUUACAAACGUUAGCUCGAAUGCUAAAAUUCGACCGUUUGUUUUCACAUUAAAACACUCUCCCGCUCUUCACAUUAGCAGUCAACAGCAGAGCGGAGUCUCCAUUUUGUUGUUUGUUUCCUUUUUCAAAUACAGAUAAAAUAAAAAAAACAUAUUUGACCGCAGUUCUGUACAAAAAAAAAAAAAAAAAACCUGCGAGCGAGUCUAAUUUUUUUAUUUGCCUUUUUUUUUUUCCUUCAGCGGCAGUUAUUGAAGAUAUUGCCCCCCUGUGUCUAGCUUGUGUUUGGCCAUUUGGGUAAAUGCAAGCGGCAGAUUCCACACGAAAUAAUAUGGCGAUUUAGCGACAUAAACGCCAAAAAGCCGGCACGUAAUAACCUCCUACGUGUGUACGCGGGUUACUAUAUUUGUUUUCUGUAUAUAACGCGACGGUUUGAUUAAACGAGCGGUGGAAACAGACGUGAGCUCGUAGCGAAAGUGCAUCGGAGGUGGGCAAAGCCGAGCGGUGUAUUGUGGGAGAGACAGGAGCUACAGACCAGAGGCACACAAUAUGUGUUGGCUCUCGCUGAAAAGGAGGCAGUAUUCUUCAAGCUAAAUCAUGUAAUGUAAGCGGGCGAAAGGAAAAGGCGAUUUUUCAUCAAUUAAAAGAAAAAAUCACACGACGGGACGAACCAUGUCCAAGCCGGGCGAGAGAAACAGAUUGAACGAGGACCAUGGCAGAAAGCAGAGUUCAAGUUUGGCGAACGGCAUGGACAGUCAUCCCGUCUGCGGCUCGGCGGAGAAGCGGAGUCACCACUGGAGAAGUUACAAGUUGAUUAUCGACCCGGCGCUGAAGAAGGGAUCACACAAACUGUAUCGCUACGAUGGACAGACUUUCAACAUGCCCAACCCUGGGAUACCGCCGGUGGACAUCGUCCGAGACCCGAGGAUCGGUCGUCUGUGGACUAAAUACAAAGAGACGGACCUACCGGUGCCCAAAUUUAAGAUCGAUGAGUGUUACAUCGGCCCCGUGCCUCCAAAGGAGGUGACAUUCGCCAAGCUGAACGACAACAUCAGGGAAGGAUUUCUUACCGACAUGUGCAAAAAAUUCGGAGAAAUCGAGGAGGUGGAGAUCUUGUACAAUCCGAAGAACAAAAAGCACUUGGGGAUUGCCAAAGUUGUUUUUGAGAGCGUGAAAGCCGCCAAAGUGGCCGUGCAGUCGCUCCACGAGACGUCUGUUAUGGGAAACAUCAUCCACGUGGAGCUGGACCCGAAAGGUGAGAAUCGCCUCAGGUACUUCCAGCUCCUGAUGAAUGGCAGCUACACCCCGAAGACUCUGCCUGUCGGUGGAGAGGAGGCCAGGGAAGUUUCCCCUCGCAGCCUGGCAGAAGCCUUACUGGCCUGCGAGCCCAUCCGCAGGUUGUCGGAGAGCAGCGUGUCAGCUGUUGGAGGUACACUGCCGCCCAGCAGCUCCACCACUCCUCUGUCCCUUGAGACGGGUUACUCCAGCCUAAGGCAGGACACACCACAAUCCCAGGGAACCCCUCAUACCCCGCGGCAGACGGGUACGCCAUUCUCUCAAGACUCCAAUUUCUCUAGUCGGCAGUCAACGCCCGCGUACCAGUCGAGCCGGCCCGAGAGCUCCGGAAGUUACAAAUCUCGGAGGCACGAGAGUAAGUUCCAGGAUGCGUACAACCGCAGACCGGAGAGGCCUCAGUACCGCAGCAACAUGUACCGAAGCACGACGUCCGAACAAGCUCCCUUCAAACAGCACCAACUCACCCCACCCGAACCUCCGCCAUCCACCCCGUCUUUCACGUACACAGCGCCUCCCCCUGCUACGCCCAACUUCAAGUCGGCCUUCUCGCCCUACCAGGCUCCCCUGCCCCCUGCGUUCCCCCCGUCAGAGCCAGCUUUCCAUCACUCGACCCAAAGGGAGGGUGAGUACCUCCGACCGCCGCAGCCGCCUCUGGCAGCUGCCACUGACUUUUUACCCGUUAAGGACAGGCCAGAAACUCCUCCGAUCCCAGAGCCACCACCGGAGCCCGUGGCUCAUCCAACAACCCCUCCUCCACAAACGCCAGAGCACUGCCCUUCACCCGGCUCCCCCGCACUGGAUCCAGAGCGAAAUAGCCUGGAUUCCCGCAUCGAGAUGCUCCUCAAGGAGAAAAGGACAAAACUGCUGCCGUUCCUGGAGGAGCGAGACUCAGACACUGAAGUGCGAAUGGAGGGAAGUCCGAUUUCCUCUUCGUCCUCUCAGCUAUCCCCAAUCCCCCCUUACACAAGCGGCUCCCAAGGUGGCCAGCAAAAUUCCCGUCCUUCUAGCACAGGCUUGGAGGACAUCAGUCCGACCCCACUGCCAGACUCGGAAGAUGAAGAGCCAAUUCCCGGAACUGCCUCCUUGCUCAAGAGGAUCAGCUCUCCUGUUCAGGAGAAGAUGAGCAACAGUGACCUCAAAGACGGACAUUUUCGAGGCCACACUCCCACUGAUAAAAUGGACACGAGUCAUCAGUCGUCAGGAGAGGACAUGGAAAUCUCUGACGACGAGAUGCCGGGGACUCCGAUCACCGGUGGGGACUGUGGCAAAGGCAUUGUCAUGAAUUCCGCCGUGUCCCCGAUGCAGACCAUUUCCAUCCCUCCCCCCGGCUUCCCCCCUCUCCCACACCAGGCCGGCUUCGCGAUCCCACACCACCACCUGCCCCCUCACUCUGCCGUCCCGGGUCAUCACGCUCACCUGGCCGCUCAUCCCGGAGUGCCUCCGCAUCUGCUGCCACACAUGAGUCCCUUCACUCACAGCAUGAUGCCGCUGAUGCAAAUGGAGCUGAUGAACUGCUUACAGUGGGAGCAGUGGAGCACCGUCCCCAUGUCCUUCCAGAUGCAGCAGCAGAUGCUAAGUCGCAUAGCUCAGACCAGAGGGCCCUAUCCUUAUCCACAUUUUAUGGACAGUGGUGCGACCGGGCCUUUCGGGGGACCCUACGCGCCUCUGUCCAUGGGUGCAACGCCUGCUGGCGGCGCAGGAGCACCAGGACAACAGUGGCAGCCCAGUAUACCAAAGUUCAACCCUACUGUUCCUCCUCCUGGAUACGAGACUAAAAAGGAGGAUCCCCACAAGGCCACCGUUGACGGUGUGCUGCUGGUUAUCGUCAAAGAGCUGAAGGCCAUCAUGAAGAGGGACCUCAACCGCAAAAUGGUGGAGGUGGUGGCUUUUAGAGCCUUUGAUGAGUGGUGGGAUAAGAAGGAGCGCUCAGCAAAGGCGACUUUGACUCCAGUGAAGGGUACAGAGGGGAAGGAAGAAGAAAGACCCAAACCCAAAGAGACGAUGGGUUCAAGUCUGCUGGAGAACUGGAACAAGGGAGAGGGGCUGGGCUACGAGGGGAUGGGCCUGGGAAUCGGUUUGCGGGGAGCCAUCCGCCUCCCGUCCUUCAAGGUAAAAAGGAAGGACCCACCUGAGGCUGCAUCGGCAGGGGACAACAAACGUGCCCGACCUUCAACUCCGGUGGACGACGAGCUGGAGGAUGAAGACCGGGAUCGAGACCCGGCUGAGCUCCCUUCGGACGAUUCCAAAAUAGACGCAGACGGUACAUCAGCGAAGCGACGGCACUCACGGCCACAUGCACUGGACAGCGAAGGAGAGGAGGAGGAGGCGGACACCUCAGGGAAGGAGGAAGAGUCGUUGUCGGACAGAGAAGAAGAGCCUGAUGAAAUAGAGGUGACCGAUGGGCUGUCAGGCAAAGAGAGUGGCGACGAGGAGGGUGAUGAUGAAGACGAGGGAGACUCAUCCAGUGAGAGCGCCUCGUCGGAUUCCUCUGAUGACGAAGCCGAGAGUUCAGCUUCUUCGAAGGCCAGCUCCGACUCCUCAGGAGAAAGUUCCGAGUCCUCUGAGUACGAGCUAAGCUCGGAAGAGGAAGAGGAGGAGGAUGAAGAAGACGUGGUGGCAGGACAAGAUGUGGAGGACGAAGGCAAAGAGACCAAGACCUCCUCGUCUUCUUCGUCUUCUUCAAGUUCGUCUUCGGAUGAAGAGGAGAGGGAGGCAGAGACUAAAGCACUAAGCCCUCCUGCAAGGACAGUCCCAGAGGAUAAGGAGGACCACGGGAGCAGGGAGGAGAUCAGCAGCAAGCCCAAACGCAGACCUCCUAGUCCUAAGGAGGAGGUGGAGGACGUAAAGCCGCCGUCACCCAAAGGCAUCCCAGUCAAAGAGCCAGACGUCAGCGUGGAUGCCAAAAUUCUCAUCAUGAAGUCUGAACCCCAGGAUCCCGUAGCAAACCUUCGGCCACCCACCCCGACAGGCGCCCUGCCCGACAGCGACCAGGAGACAAAAGCCAAAGUAGAAGGUCGUUCCCUCCUUCAUCCACCCCCUGGUCCCCUGCCUGACCUCCCUCAGCGAUCCAGGCUCCCGACAGACGAGGAUAUCCCCCGCACGCCGGGCAGGGAUCUGAUGGGGCGUACCGGAAGUCUGGGUAAGUCCCAGAGCACGGACACGGUGCCCAUCACACCGGGUAGCGAUGCCCCACUGACGGGCAGCAGCCUGUUGCUUAGCUCCCCUCACAUCCCUGGCAGCCCCUUUUCCUACCCCGCACAGUCCCCUGUCCUUAGUGCUGGAGUCCCCCGUACUCCAGGAAGAGACUUAACCUUCACCCCUGUCUUCCCUGACACCACAGCACUAAUUCUUAAUAGGAAAAUAUCCUCUGAGAGCUUGGACGAUAGACCUGUUUUUAAGGAACCCCCCAUCAGUGCCCUACCAAACCAAGCCCUUUCAGCUGGAACAGAGCAUUCAGCCAGUGUGCCUGAAGAUCUGCCCGCUGGUCUCACUGUAGAUGUCCCUGUGCCAUCAGAUACUGCCCCAUCGAAGAGAAAACCCGGACGACCCAAAGGCAAAAAGACCCCAGCUGUCUCUGUAGGCGAUGAGUCUUUGGAGUUCUCAUCUGAGUCCACACUGCUGCCUCACAACGCACACCUCGCUGAUCUAUCCAUGCAAAGGCUGUCUGCCAAGUCCCCCAACCACCCAAGCCUGGACUUCCGGGAAAGAGAGCUGGAGCCUCAGACGGUCUUGCCAACAGACGACUGCUUCCUGCCCUACGAAGAAGAGGCGCCCGUGGCCGUGAAGCCUACACGGAGGCCGAGGCGAGGCUGGGAGGAGUUGCUGCUGGGCAGCCUGUCCCCGGUCACCUCGCCUCCACGGCCGUACUUCUCCCCGCGCACCGACUUUGAAGAGAUGACCAUCCUGUACGACAUCUGGAACGAAGGCAUCGACGAGGAGGACAUGCGUCUUCUGCAGAUCACCUAUGACAAGAUGCUCCAGCAGGACAACGGCAACGACUGGCUCAACGACACGCUCUGGGUCAACCAUCCUCCUACCAACAUUCCUGGCGUGAAGAAGAAGAGAAGGGACGACGGCAUGAGGGAUCACAUGACCGGCUGCGCCCGAAGCGAAGGAUACUACAAGAUCGACAAGAAGGACAAGAUCAAGUAUCUUCAGAGCACAAAACUGCAGUCAGAGGAGCCUCCGGUCGACACACAGGGUAUGAGUAUUCCUGCACAGGUCCACGCCUCUACCAGAGCUGGCUCGGAGCGGCGGUCGGAGCAGCGACGUUUACUGUCCUCGUUCGCAUGUGACAGUGACCUGCUGAAGUUCAACCAGCUGAAGUUCCGUAAGAAGAAGAUCAGAUUCUGCAAGUCACACAUCCACGACUGGGGUCUGUUUGCUCAGGAGCCCAUUGCUGCUGAUGAAAUGGUGAUCGAGUACGUGGGGCAGAACAUCAGACAGGUGAUUGCGGACAUGCGGGAGAAGCGCUACGAGGAGGAGGGCAUCGGUAGCAGCUACAUGUUCCGCGUCGACCACGACACAAUCAUAGACGCUACCAAGUGUGGCAACUUCGCCCGUUUCAUCAACCACAGCUGCAAUCCCAACUGUUAUGCGAAGGUCAUCACAGUGGAGUCUCAAAAGAAGAUCGUGAUCUACUCCAGACAGCCGAUUAACGUCAACGAGGAGAUCACGUACGACUACAAGUUCCCCAUCGAGGACGAGAAGAUCCCCUGUUUGUGUGGGGCAGAGAACUGUAGGGGAACGUUGAAUUAACGUCCAUUUGAGGUCAGUCCUCUCCAGGGUGUAGAAGUACUGUCCUCAAACUUCAUUCAAGUUUCUUGCCCCCCCCCCCCGGCCCCCAAGACAUGCACGUGUCGAGACCCCGGACGAGGAGGAACCGAAAAAGGAAACCCGCGUAGGUCGUCCGGAUAGGGUUCAGCUACCUGUACGGCGCUCUUCACAUAUUUAACUCUAGAUUGUUUACGAUUUAUGGUGCUCUUGAAAUGAAAAACGCAUAGUUUUUUAUGUCUGCUAGUGACCCAGAAUUUAUGAAACACUUGACUUGCUGGUGCAGCAUUUCCUCCGCGCCUCUCGAGGUCGGUCGGACAGUAUUUCAGCAUGGUUCCUUCCACAGUUUGACACUUUUUUUUUUUUUAAAUCUCCCUCCCCUUGUGUCAUUAGUCUCAUAAGCUUCACGUACACCACAACGUGGUACAAAAAGAGAAAAACAAACCCAACACAGACUCAACAUGUUCAGCUGCUUACUAACGCUGUUGAGAUGCACAAGCCCGCCAGGAAAACGCCUCUCUGUAGUGGGGAGGGGAACACGUGGUCGGCACACCUGAGCAAGACGGCAGACGACGCCUGUUUCGGAUGGCGGCGACGGCGGCGGCGGAGUUCGCUGCACGCCAUGGACUGCAAACCCUGCUUUCUCGCUCCUACCUCCUUGGAAAUAAAUCAAACUGAUCAAAAAAACAUUCAACAAAAAAAAAGUAAUCCUGCCACAAAAUCUGGAAUAUUUGGACGUCACACCUGCUCUCACCAGCCAACGACGGAUCAUGCUGCUUCCUCUUAGUUUAUGCAAAAAAAAAAAAGUUACAGAUGAUGUGCAAAAUUUGUAUUAAUGAUUUUUCCAGUGUUUUCCAGUUUUGUUUAGGUAGAUCUCCUCUGGCUUGAUCUUCAAGGAAAAAACAAAAGGACACUAUAUUUGUUUGUUUGUUUGUGUGUGUGAGUGUGUGAUGGAGAGAAUUAAUCAACAUAUCUAAGUGUAUGUAAAUGUGAGCGCACUGCCCCCUGCAGGCCACAGACCAAUCAUGCAGAGCAAGAAAAAUGAGUUCCUGAUUUACAUCCACCUGGCAGCGUUUUUAGGGGAAAAAGAAAAAAAAACAUGUUGUGCCAUAUGAAUGUGUAGCUGUCUUUGUUUAGCCCGAGCAGGCAGGUGACGGUUCGGGACGUCUGUGUUCACAUGCAUGUACAAAGAUGCUGCCUAUGUUUUGUUUUGUUUUCACCUCUGUUGGUGUUUUCAUGGUGAUGUGUCGUCUGUCUCCUCCUCAGCUGUAGCAGUUAUUACUCUAUUACCAGUGUUCAAUGUUUCCCACGAGACAAGAAGUGUUUCUACGACCUCCUCAUCCCGCGAGGGUCUUAUUAUGGAGAUGAAAAUUAUGAAUGCACUCGAGGUUUGCUCACGCCCUCUCUUAGCCAAUCAGUUGCCCCCUCCCUCCUUCCUUUGUCAAGACCAAGUCAGUCAUUGCUUUUCAUUCAGUCAGAUCGUUUUUUCUUUUUUCACCAGUGAUGUUUAUAUUGUAUAUGAUUACUUGUACAGAAGAUCUAAAGCUCUUUUUUUUUUUUUUUUUUUUUUUUUUUUUAAAUCUUCACAGGGGUAACACUUUUUAAAAAAACAUCUCGCUCUCUCUUUUUUUUUUUAAACGAAAGAUUGAAUAUUUAAAAAUAUUUUCAGGGAUCUGCAAAAGAAAUCUGAGGGUUUAAAAGGUUGUUUAUUUAAAAAAAAGAAAAAGAAAAAAAAAAAGGUCCACUGCGUAUAAGGAAAAAGUCUCCACCUCCCUUUUUGAAAGAUUGUUUCUUGUAGAAACGUCUUCAUUUUUCUGCCCAUUUUGCUUUGUAAUCCUAGAACGUGUAAAUACUGUAACUGUGAAUAACUAAAUAAAUAUAUAAAUAUAUAUAUAUUUUUGUUCCCUGGGAUUUGCUACACGAACACAGCUCAGAGUAUCUAUGUAACAUAUGAGGCGAGCGAUGAGCUGGUAGCAGGAAAUUCAGCUUGUGUCAAGCUUUGUUUUUUUAUUUUCUGUUGUAAAUUCUAUGAAAAGUUGUUUGCGGUGUGGAGAUAAUAAAAAAAAAAAGGUGCAGAAUCGGCAUGAGAAGAGGACGCAUCAGCCUGUUUCUCAUGUCUAUUUAUUACACGACAAAUGUAUGAAAAAGGAAAAAAAAUGGAAAUAAAGCAAUUUUGCAUACAUC